AUGAAUGGCCCGCCGCGAGCCAAUCCUCUCCGAAGCGAGCAAGAGACCUCCCAGGGCGGGUGUCCCCCACGUCACGUGGCGCGGCACGAAGAUUACAACAUCGCCUGGAUCUGCGCGCUUCACUUGGAAUUGACAGCAUCGCGCGCCAUGCUUGACGAGGAACACGCAUCGCUACCCAUUGACACCGGUGACCACAAUGCAUACGUGUUGGGACGCAUCGAUCAACAUAACAUCGUCAUGGCAUGCUUGCCGGGCCAGUAUGGGACGAACAACGCCGCAAUCGUCGCCACCAACUUGAAUCGAAGUUUUCCGAGUAUCCGCGCUACCUUGAUGGUCGGCAUCGGCGGUGGAUCACCCAGCCAGGCCGACUUGUACCUAGGUGACGUCGUCGUCGGCACGAGGGUGAUGCAGUAUGACAUGGGCAAGGUGAUCGGGGACGGAAGGUUCCAAGGAACCGCCGACGCGAAGGCUCCCGCGCCGCUGCUAAACGCGGCUGUGUCCAGUCUACGAUCGAGGAACCCUCGUGCGGCCGUCGCAUCCUUCUUCUUCAAUGCACGAGGCGACUUCUUGGAAAAGUCCAUCACCGGAAUGUACCGGUCUCUGUUGAUGCAGCUCUUCAAGAGCUUUUCAGACCUUCAAAUCGGCUUGGAUGACACGGACAUCGUUCCAUGGAACCAGCAAGGCUGCCCUGACCUGAACGCUCUGAAGGAGCUUCUCAGGAGCGCCGUGAUGGCCCUUGGCCAGCGCUCCUUUGCCUGUUUCAUCGAUGCCCUCGACGAGUGUGACGAACAGGAAGUCCGGGAUAUGGUUCAGUUCUUCGAGGAUAUGACAGAGGUCACCACCGACCAUGGCAUCCAAUUCCGAAUCUGUUUCUCGAGUCGGCCAUACCCGUACAUUGACAUCCGGCAGGGCAAUUUGCUCACCCUCGAGGAUGAAUCAGGACACGCAGACGACUUGGCACAGUACGUCAAGAAUCAUCUCCGAAUCACGAACCCCUCGCUUCUCGCAGACUUGCAAGCCCAGAUUCUGGACAAAGCUGCUGGGAUUUUCAUGUGGGUCGUGUUAGUAGUGGGGAUCCUGAACAAGGAGAGCGACGGUGGCGCCCUCGCGAUCAGGACGAAGCUUUCGGAAAUCCCGCCUAAGUUGAGCGACCUCUUCAGGAGCAUGCUGACGCGUGAUCAAGAUAGACCGGAGUGGCUGCUGCUCUGCGUCCUCUGGAUUCUCUGUGCAAAGCGGCCUCUGAAUCCAGCAGAGUUCCGCCAUGCUCUAUGGGCGGGCUUGUUGGCGCAGGAUGGCCAGGUGGAUCCCGAGCUACCAGAUGUUACAGACAUGGAUGAGUGCGUCAGACUGGUCACGAGUUCCUCAAAAGGACUUGCCGAAAUCACCAAAUCCUGGCAGCCGACUGUGCAGUUCAUUCAUGAAUCAAUUACGCCAUUCAGCAGGUUCUCCACCACGCCGAUGCUGCGGCGCUUGUGA